GUUAAAUUUUGCCGCGUCACAGAAGAACCACACUAGAACUUGAACAGAAAAAACAACUCAAAACCUGUCAGACCAUCGGAGAAGUGAACUCGAAUGAGUCUGAGAGAAAACGGAGCCUUUGUUUUCAGAAGCAGCAGGGAGCCGAACCGGAGGAAAGAUGAUGAGUUUUCUACCAUACUUCUCCGCUGAGACCUGGACCCUCCUGGCCCUCCUCAUCACCCUCAUUGUAGUGUACGGGUACUGGCCCUAUGGUGUAUUCACUAAGAUGGGUAUCCCUGGUCCCAAACCCCUACCUUACUUUGGCACAAUGUUGGAGUAUAAAAAGGGCAUCACUAACUUUGACACAGAGUGCUUUCAGAAGUACGGGAGAAUCUGGGGGAUCUAUGAUGGGAGGCAGCCUGUUCUGUGUGUCAUGGACAAAAGCAUAAUCAAGACCGUCCUGAUUAAAGAGUGUUACAACAUCUUCACCAACCGCAGGGACUUCCAUCUGAAUGGUGAGAUGUUUGAUGCGUUGUCCGUUGUUGAGGACGAUGCAUGGAGACGGAUCCGCAGUGUCCUCUCACCUUCCUUUACCUCUGGACGACUGAAAGAGAUGUUUGGUAUCAUGAAGCAGCACUCUGCUAACCUGCUGAACGGAAUGAAGAAGCAGGCAGAUAAAGACCGGACCAUCGAAGUGAAGGAGUUCUUUGGGCCCUACAGUAUGGACGUGGUCACCAGCACAGCCUUCAGUGUGGACAUUGACUCUCUGAACAACCCUUCAGACCCCUUCGUCUCCAACGUCAAGAAGAUGGUCAAGUUUGACCUUUUAAACCCACUGUUCCUCCUAGUCGCUUUGUUUCCCUUCACUGGUCCUAUCUUGGAGAAGAUGAAGUUUUCUAUCUUCCCGACUGCGGUGACAGACUUCUUUUACGCCUCGCUGAUUAAGAUCAAAUCUGGACGUGAAACUGGGAUCUCAACCAGUCGGGUGGAUUUCUUACAGCUGAUGAUCGACUCUCAGAAAGGCAGCGACACAAAGACAGGAGGGGAACAGACUAAAGGACUGACUGAUCAUGAGAUCUUGUCUCAGGCCAUGAUCUUCAUCUUCGCCGGCUAUGAGACCAGCAGCAGUACUAUGAGUUUCCUGGCCUAUAACCUGGCAACCAAUCCCCACGUCAUGACCAAACUUCAGGAGGAGAUAGAUACUGUGUUCCCCAACAAGGCUCCAAUCCAGUACGAAGCUCUGAUGCAGAUGGACUAUUUGGACUGUGUGUUGAAUGAGUCUCUGAGACUGUACCCCAUCUCCCCGCGACUGGAGAGGGUCGCCAAGAAGACGGUGGAGAUUAACGGCAUCAUCAUCCCCAAAGACUGCGUUGUCCUGGUUCCCACGUGGACCCUCCACCGUGACCCAGAGAUCUGGUCUGACCCUGAGGAGUUCAAACCAGAGAGGUUCAGUAAGGAGAACAAGGAGCCUAUUGAUCCGUACACGUACAUGCCGUUUGGGGCGGGGCCCAGGAACUGUAUCGGGAUGCGCUUCGCCCUGAUCAUGAUCAAACUGGCCAUGGUCGAGAUCCUCCAGAGUUUCACUUUCUCCGUCUGCGACGAGACCGAGAUCCCGUUGGAGCUGGACAAGCAGAUUCUGUUGAUUCCAAAACGACCCAUCAAAUUGAGUCUGGAGCCCCGUAGCAACACCUCUAGCAACACCACCACCACUCUGAACAGUCCAACGACAUGAACCAAAUGCAGGAGUACCCUACCCUGGAGUACUAUCGAUCGAUCACACCAUCUACCUAUAACUCUUUCUACUAGUACCCUACCCUGAACACAAACAGCACCCUACCCUACCCUAAAGUACCCUACCCUAGAACACAAACAGCACCCUACCCUAUCCUAAAGUACCCUACCCUACCCUAAAGUACCCUACCCUAGAGUACCCUACCCUAGAGUAGCCUACCCUAACUACAGCACCCUACCCUAUCCUAGAGCACCCUACCCUGGAGGACCCUACCUUCCCUAGAGCUCCUUACCUAGAAUACCCUACCCUACCCUAGAGUACCAUACCCUACCCUAAAGUACCCUACCAUAGAGCCCCCUACCCUGGAGGAACCUACCCUCCCCUAGAACACCAAACCCUAGAACACCCUACCCUAGAGUACCCUACCCUAGAACACCCUACCCUAGAACA